AUGUGCUUGUUGAAAUCAACUGGAGUAUCCCUCAUUCUGUCCAUACUUCUAUUCAUCGCAGACUCUUAUCCAAACAGUGAGAAGACAAACAUGGGCUGCGAGGAAUGCACACUGAAGCCGAACACAAUCUUCCCCAACAUCAUGCAGUGUACAGGCUGCUGCUUCUCCAGAGCUUAUCCAACCCCACUACGGUCCAAGCAAACCAUGUUGGUCCCCAAGAACAUCACCUCUGAAGCCACAUGCUGCGUUGCAAAAGAAGGGAAAAGAGUCACCACCAAGGAAGGCUUCCCGGUGACGAACCACACAGAGUGUCACUGCAGCACCUGUUAUUACCAUAAAUCAUAAACUGUCUGUGAGGGCUGGAAAUCUCCUUGUCGUAGAAGUAAAAGCUUGGCAACAGAUCAUAUAUUUUGCACAACUUAUUCCUGAAGUUCCUUGUGUUUUAAGAGAAAUCACAUAUUAGGAAAUCAUUGUGAUCCACAAAAGGUAAUAUUCUGCAGAUAAUAUUUAUAGUGCUCUUAUGGUCGCAAUGAUAUAAAGUUUUAUUCCUGUACUGUGUUAAUA